ACAAAAUAAUAAUCAUUUCUGCUUCAGAAUUAGCCGUAGCUUUUCUAUCCCUUUCAUUACUUGCAAUAAAAUAUAUAUUUCAUUUAACAAUUCUCGUCAUCUCCGAUCAAAAAUCUGCUCGCUCUUACCAAUUCUACUUAAUUGGAGAAAGAAAUAAAGAAAUGAAAGUCCAAUUUCUGCAAUCUCAAGUGAAUUCCAUCAUCAUCACCACCACCACGCUCUUCUUUCUCUUGAUAUUUUUGUUUCCAAUUAUAUCUUAUUCUCAAGAAGAAGAUGAGAAUUACAGAGAGUGCGGCACUCCUUUUAGCUGCGGAACCUUCAUGAAUCUUUUUUACCCAUUUUGGAGCGACGAUCGUUCCGAACUAUGCGGUCAUCCAGGCUACAAGCUUACUUGCAUCGCAGGUCAGCAGCCCAUAAUUACCAUAAAAAAUGAAGAAUUUCGCGUUGUUUCUGUAAAACAAGAAAAGAGUUUGAUGACAAUAGCCAGAGAGGACUACUGGGAAAAUAUAUGUCCUGGAGACUUCGCAAACACAACCCUGGAUCAAGCUCUCUUCAAUUUCACUCAACCAUUUCCAAAUAUUAGUUUAUUUUAUAACUGCGCCCACCUGCCCUCGAGCUUCCCGGAGAUCAUAUUGCCAUGCUAUUCUCCAAACAAUCAGAGACCCAAUGCGUUCUACGCGACCGAUGAGAAACUGAGAGAGUUGAAAAUCGAACGACCGCAGUGCGAGCACAGAGUAAAUGUUCCGAUUCCGAUGGAUGCGCUCAAAGAAAUUUUGAAUGGAGUGGAUGCUUUAAGCAGAGUAUUGAGACGAGGGUUCGAGGUGAUUUACGAGUAUCAUCAAAAUUGCCGAGGAUGCCAUGACAGUGGAGGAAGAUGCGGUACUAAUACGACUACCUCCAAUUUCACUUGCCUUUGCCCUGAUCACCCCUACGAGUCUUCGUGUCCCCGUAAAAACGGCACUGAUAAGAAUAUAGAGUUGAAAGUUGGUAUAGCAAUCGGAGCUUCGUUUGGAGGUAUACUCAUAACAUCUGUAAUAUUUGCCAUAUAUCUCCGCCGCAAGAAAAAAGGACCCUAUGCUUCAUCCUCUUAUGUCUCUCAAAUGCUGACGAAUUCAUCGGACUUCUCUUCAAGAUCAGAUAUGGAGAAAGGCGGUAGCCAUUUUGGGGUCCAUUUAUUCACCUAUCAAGAACUCGAAACAGCAACUAACAAUUUUGAUUCUGCUAAGGAACUUGGAGAAGGAGGCUUCGGCACUGUAUACUAUGGCACCCUCAAAGACGGGCGAUCUGUUGCUGUCAAGCGAUUGUAUGAGAAUAACUUCAAAAGAGUUGAGCAAUUCAUGAAUGAAGUCGACAUCCUUACUCGCCUACGCCAUCAAAAUCUCGUCUCAUUAUAUGGUUGCACUUCUCGCCACAGCCGCGAGCUUCUAUUAGUAUACGAGUACAUUUCCAAUGGCACAGUUGCUGAUCAUCUUCAUGGAGAAAGAGCGAAGCCUGGUGAACUACCAUGGUCUACCCGAAUAAAAAUUGCAGUCGAAACUGCAAAUGCAUUAACAUAUUUACACGCUUCAGACAUCAUCCACCGCGACGUUAAGACCAAUAACAUUCUCCUCGACAACAAUUUUGUGGUUAAGGUUGCAGAUUUCGGAUUAUCUCGUCUCUUUCCAAUGCAUGUCACCCACAUUUCAACUGCUCCACAAGGUACUCCCGGUUAUGUUGAUCCCGAGUAUCACCAGUGCUAUCAACUGACAGAUAAGAGCGAUGUGUAUAGCUUCGGAGUGGUCUUAAUCGAACUCAUAUCAUCAAUGCCUGCUGUCGACAUUACUAGACAUCGACACGAGAUCAACUUGUCAAACAUGGCAAUCAACAAGAUCCAAACCGGCGCAUUGGAUGAACUUGUAGACAAGAAUCUCGGGUACGAAACAGAAUAUGAUGUUCGAAAAAUGAUAAACGCAGUGGCCGAAUUAGCGUUUCAAUGUCUGCAAAGCGCGAAGGAGUUACGACCGUCGAUGGAGGAAGUGUUACUGACACUCAAAGAAAUACAAACAAAAGAUUACAGUUUAGAAAAAGCAGAGGAAGAUGAUGCUGUUGGAUUGUUGAAGAGUGGGCCUUUGCUACUGUCUCCUGAUACUGUGAUGAUCCAAUGGAACAGUAGCAGUUCUACAACUCCUAAUGUUAGUGGUUAAAUUUAUUUUAAAUUUUGUUCCACUAAAUAGUUUCAAUUAUGUCAGUAUUAUUUUGUAAUCUGCUAGGCAUGAUUAUGGGUGGGAUGUACAUAUAUGAUUUCAGAAAGUUUUGUUCACUGAUAUUGUCUUACUAAUAUAAGUUAGUUAAAAUGAAAUAUUGUUUUAUUCAUCA